UCUGAGAUAACAGCGGUCGGUUAAUUUAAUAACAAAGCAGAAUGUAAGGAUAUUUCCAAAUAACUUACAAAUUAUGUAGUGAUGCUGAUAAAAUUAGUAAUUAUUUUAUAAGUAAAUAAAUAACCUUUAUAGGAAUUUCAAGUGACACUGUCACCGUAAAAUUUUAUAAGCCUAAAAAUAUAAAAAAUAAGGCUACAGUGCUUUAUCAGUAACAUUUUAGCUACGACAUACGUCAAUACACAGGAAUUAUGAACUUGUGCAAGUUUUUUUCAUCAGUACGUAAUUUAUAUUGGAAAAAGAAAAAGCCUAGUUUGGGAAAGUACGUGAUUGUGAAACCUGGAAAGGUUUCGCCUAGGAAAUUUGUUCCAGACCACAUUCCUAAACCAAGUUAUUACCUUACAGGGGAACCCACAGAAAAUAUUGAACACCCAGAUAUUAAAAAUGAGCAACAAAUUCAAAGAAUGCGCGCGUCCUGUCGGUUGGCGGCCAACAUUUUAAAGAAAAUUGGGGAAAAUAUUAAGGUAGGUCAAACGACUGAUGAAAUAGACAUUUCGGUAUAUGAGACAUGCAUACAGUGUGGCGCUUACCCUUCUCCCCUAAACUAUAAGCAUUUUCCAAAAUCUGUUUGUACAUCUGUAAAUAAUGUUGCUUGUCAUGGGAUACCAGAUGAUCGACCUUUGGAAGAUGGAGAUAUCAUUAAUGUGGAUAUAACGACUUUUCUCGUAGGCAAUGUUGACAGUGAAGGAAAAGAACUUGUCAGAGCAACAGAGAUUUGCUUAAACGAAGCCAUAGAGAUAUGCAAACCAGGACAAUAUUUUAGAGCGAUAGGAGCAUUUAUAGAAGGUAGAGCACAUCAACUAGGGUUUCGAGUAGUUCCUGCAUUUAUCGGACAUGGCAUUGGGCACUAUUUUCAUGGUCCACCAGAUAUUUAUCAUUUUAAGAACAGUUAUCCUGGAGUAAUGGAAGCAGGAAUGACCUUCACAAUUGAACCUAUUUUAACGCAAGGAGAGGAGUUGAUAGAAAUCCUUCACGAUAAUUGGACGGCUGUAACCUAUGAUUGUGCCAGAACGGCACAAUUCGAGCAUACAGUGUUAAUUACUGAUUCAGGUGCAGAUAUACUUACUUUGCCAAACUAGUUUUAGGAUGUAAAGAAAAAUAAAAGAUGCAUUUUCUAUAAGAA